AUGGCUUCUCCAGAGGAAGUGCCAGAUUCAGCACUGGGCCUAGCGUCCGCAUCUGAUGCAGAUACUAUCAUGGGAGACCCCGCUCAAGGAUCUGACGAGGACACUGCGCAAACCAGCAACGAUCUCAGUGGUCUCGGUGCCGACAAAGUGACCAAGCUAUCAGAAGUCCUUUCCAGAAACAAUGAAGUCCAAGGUCUCGCCUACGACACCAUCUAUCAACAACUGCAAAUUCGCCCGGAGAAGCGUCAAGAAUUCUACAAUGGAGUCAUUCGCAACAUCCGCAACAAGCAUCAUGUCGAGAUCAAGCGAGGUACAGAUACUAGUAUCAAGAACAUCUCUAAUCUACUCCUUCGAGCCUUUGGCUACCUUGUCUGGGCACCAGACUCGGCGUGGUUGGUUGAUAUUGCCGAUCUGGAUGAGGGAGAGACCAGAUUAGUCUAUGUGCGAGGUCGUGUCGCGUCUGACCGUCCUGAAAAUGAGAGGUUCUUUCCUAUCUUGGAACGCCUCUGGCGCCAGAUGCGUAAUCUCAUGUUCAUCGCGAAACCAAGCCGUCGCCGAGCUGCACAAGCACAAUCCGGAACGCUCCCUCGAGCUGAAGAAGAUGAAACUACCGAAAUGAAUUCUGGGCUCUCUGAGGGCGACAUUCCUCCUCCCUCACCUCACUCACAAGCUCGAACAUCUGCAACCGAAAAGAUCGAAGCUUUGCAAGACAAAUGGGAGAUGGCCAUGGCACCCAUUAGUGAGAUGACCGCAGAUGAGACCGAAGAGGCAAUCCUCAACCUCAUCACUAAACUCUCUCAAAUUCGAGCAAAGAGCAGACCUGAGAUCUUCGAGCGUCUUUGGGUCCAGCACAUCAUGCGGCAGGAAGAAAUUGACUCGGCUUCAAGCCAAGGCACAAUCGAACCCGCACCCGUCACCGGAAAUAUGACUCCGCAGAUUCUGGUCAAAGGUUCCUCUGUGCCGCCUAUCGUCGCCAAUCCUCCUCCGCAGCCUGGCGGUGGUGGCGCCUCUUCUCAGUCUCCCGUCGCCGAUUCCUCUUCCCAGUCGAACCAACCAUGGAUGACAGAAGGCUCACCACUUCCACCUCGUUUACCUAUGUCGUCGUUACUUCGGCCUGCCCUUCCAGCAGUCAUGUCCGUCUACAUCAGCGUCUUGUACAUCCCAUCUGCAGCAAUCAGAGCUGGAACUCAACCUUGUGGUCCAAUCAUCCCAGCCAGAGGGGGUCAUCGAGACCCUGCGUAUCACUGGGUCGACGCCCCAGUCAGCACUACCGGAAUGGCUCGUUUCUUUGAAGGAAUCACCAUGCGAACUCGUCCUCUUCUCCGCUCCGUCGUCGGUUGGGUCUUCAGCUACGGUUGGAACGAUACCUGUCGCUUCAUCUCGUCUGGCCGUUUCGACUACUACGAUCGCACUGCUGGAACUGAGGUAGGAAUUCCUCGUGAUAAUGCUCAAUCAACCAUUGUUAAUACCAUGAUGCUCGGCUGGGGUGACUUUCAAGAUGACCUGCGCCACGCUGCCCAGACGGGUGUACGUGUUUGGAGAAUGAAGGUCGGCGUUGUUGCAUUGCCCGAGUAA